AUGCGAGACAGUAUCUGUAAUCAUGACAACUCUCCUCCAUCUUACUCAUCACCAGCAAUGCGGAUUUUCCAACAAUUGCUAACAUCCAGUACUUUGAAACCAGAGACUCAAAUCAAGAAGGGUAAGACCGACCAAAAGACCAUUGAGAAGCGUGCUGCUGACAAGGCCGUCAGACAAGCCGUAUGUAUUUGA